GCACCUUGAGUUGAGGCUGCGCAUGCGCGCGGGCGCCACUUCGUUUCGCCCGCCAUCAGUUGGUGCCGCGCGUGCGCAAUAUCGUCAUUAUCUCUUGCGUAUUUAUUCGUCGCGUACAAUUAGUAGAUGGAUUUGCUUCACUAUCGGCAAGAUAUGCCUGCAAACACGCGAAUCACGAGUGAGAACGAUCCACGGUCUUGUCCUUUUCCGGAGAAACGAUCAUCUGUCGCCAAUGGUGCUUCUUAUCGAUGCAACUUCCUUUGGAAUUGGUCGCGUUUGCCCGACGUUUACUUACCGAAUCCUUUGUUCACGUGUGUAACAUUUGAAGCGUGGAGGGGACGCCGCUUUUUUUUCCCAUCGGCGUUGUAGGACAACAAUUUCCUCUCAUCUUUGUGUCGACGUGAAAUUUCACUGAAAAGGGAGACAAAGAAAAAAAGAAAACGGAAAAGUGAACGUAUUUCUGAAUGACGACGAACCAAGAAAAGCAUAUCUAUCGCUUAGCAGUCGUAUUUUCGAAAUAUUUGUCGACUAAUGGUUGAUUCGAAGGUGGAAAUCACGUGAAACGUUACCAAUCGCGCAUGUGCGCUCACGUGAAAUAUUUUCGGUGACCUUGAAAUGGAGGAACCGUCGCAGAACAUCGAAGGACCAUCAAUAAAUUCUUCAUCGUCUUCCGCAGACGAUGCCGAUCUGAGCAUGGGCGCAGGCGCAGCUGGGGGUUCGGUCCUCAGUUUGCCAGGAUCGGGGAUAGGUGGCGUGCUUUCGCAGCAUUGCGCGAUCUGCGGUGACCGCGCAACUGGGAAGCAUUAUGGCGCUGCAUCUUGCGACGGGUGCAAAGGAUUUUUUCGGCGAUCGGUUAGAAAGAAUCAUCUCUACACCUGCAGAUUCAAUAGAAAUUGUGUAGUAGACAAAGACAAGAGAAAUCAAUGUAGGUACUGCAGAUUAAGGAAAUGUUUCAAGGCUGGCAUGAAAAAAGAAGCUGUACAAAAUGAAAGGGAUCGGAUAAGCUGUAGGAGACCAAGUUACGAAGAACAGAGCAACAACGGAAGUGGACUUUCUGUCGUUUCCCUUCUUCAGGCGGAAAUGCUCAGUAGACAAGUUGGUGCUGCUCUUGAGCUAGGCAGUCCGAGCAGCGAUAUCGACUUGAGCACGAAGCAAAUCGCCAACAUAAAUGAUGUUUGCGACAGCAUGAAACAGCAACUUCUGAUCCUGGUCGAAUGGGCCAAGUAUAUACCCGCUUUCAGCGAAUUAACUCUUGAUGAUCAAGUGGCACUGCUGAGGGCACACGCGGGUGAACAUCUUCUUCUAGGCGUUGCUAGGCGUAGCAUGCAAUUGCAAGAUGUUCUUCUUCUUGGAAACAACUGUAUCAUAACGAAGAAUUGUCCUGUCAUAUCAUUAUCCGCAGAGGGCCGUAAUCAAGAUCUGGACAUCAGCAAAGUUGGAAUCAGAGUGAUGGACGAACUGGUGAAGCCGUUGAACGAGGUGCAGAUCGAUGAUACAGAGUUUGCUUGCUUGAAGGCCAUCGUCUUUUUCGAUCCCAAUGCGAAAGGCUUAAGCGAACCGCAGCGAAUCAAGCAGCUGCGUUACCAAAUUCAGAUCAACUUGGAGGAUUACAUAAGUGACCGACAAUACGACAGCCGUGGUCGAUUUGGCGAGAUUCUCCUGACCUUACCAGCUCUACAGUCCAUCUCCUGGCAGAUGAUCGAACAAAUCCAGUUUGUCAGACUGUUUGGAGUCGCACACAUUGACAAUUUGCUGCAGGAGAUGCUUCUGGGUGGCGCAACAGCGGAGAUAAACGGCAUUACCACCCCGAUUCCAAUUUCAAACGCCCCUGGUAGUUACGUGAGCAGCAACGAGAGCCCCAGCAGCCCUUUGACACCAACCAACUUGGCUCCGUUAAGCCCUCAGGAUCAUAUGCUGGCUGGUGGAAGUCCCGUUAUGAUUCUGAGAGAUCUUACUUCCAUUCAGAGUCAGGAAGACGUGACUAGUGUUACUGGAUUCAGAAUGUUCAAGCAGGAGCCCAGUCUUGAAAGUGAAUCAACUUUUUAACAAUGUUUAAAAACAUUGAAGUUGGAAAAUUCUGGUGCAUUUAUUAGCAGAAUGGAUAAUCACCGGCGCAUAAACUCUAAAAUAUCUGUACAAGAACGUAAAAAUACCACGAAAGGAUCGUUGAGAGAUUUUUAUGAUUUUCAAGUGUCAUGAAAAUCAGGAUCUUCCUCUGGACGAUUGAUUUUCAAAUGUUCAAAUGAAAGCCAAAUAUUGCAAAAGAAAGAAGGAUAAUUGAAACACUAACAAAUGUCAAAUUAUUUGUAAUACAUUGUCUUUUUAACUAAAAUUAACAUUAUAUAUUAGAAUUCGUUAAUUUUUGAAAUGAUUCUCUUCGACUUUGCUUUUUCUUUUCCCGAAUACUUGCGGUUUGAACGAAUCAAAAGAAGAUGGUGCAUGAAAUGUAAGACUGUCUUCAAACGUUUUUAAAGAUCUCGAAAGAUUUUUGGGAAAUUAUCUCGAAAUUCUUUAGGAGAUCCCAAGAAUACGAAUGAAUUUCUUAAAUUUUUAUCAAUUUUGCGACGUGAAACUCAGAUUUUUCUAACGAUCUCUGGUGAUCUUUUUGAACAAUUUUAGAUGCUAGUGAUAAUCCCCACAAAUAAACGAAACAUGUUUUUCUAUUCAUACGCUACGUUUAUAAAUAAAUUUGCUGUGUUUUAAAAUGGUGCAACUUAAUGUUUGAAAAUAUUUUUAUCGACCAUCAAUGCGUUCAUAUUCAUUGUGCAAUUUUGUUUGUAAUUUAACGAUAUUUUUCAAAACUAGGCUAAGGAACAUCAGAAUUGUUAAUCAAAUUUCUGAUUAUUGAGUAAAAGUCGUGCUCAAUCAAUUGCUCAAUUAAUCACUUUAAUCAUGUUAAUCGUAAGCCUCAAUCAAAAUCGGUUGAUAUUUAGUAGUAAGAUACUUUUGUUACUAGAAACUUAAUCUAAAUACGUAAUGACAUUAAUUUUCUUAUUGCAUAAUAUUUAAUAAUCAUAUUUUCUAAAUAUCAUCGAAAUUAAACAAAUGAUCUUCGACUUAGGGGGUGGGGGGAGUAAAAAUAAAAAAAAGAUAUGUAAAAUUGUAUGUAUAUAAUUAUUCGGAUUUGUAUAAUUUUAACUCUGCAUUUUUGUCUAUUUUUGAUUUUUAACUCCAGAAAUAGAUCUUUUGUUUAAUUGGAUCCUGUUUUAUACAGUCACAUAAUUAUAGACCGACCACUGAAUGCAGUCAUGAAUUUUAAUUGUUAUAUUCAUAGGAGAUAAGCGUAUUGUUAUUUAUACAAAGGGUUUAUUAAUUAUAUUAUUUAUAAUAUAUUCCUACAGAGAAUAUUUUUGUUACCGCAAUAAAAUAUCUUGUUAUUCCUGUUAUAUACAGAAUAUGCAUUGUAUUAUAUAUACACGUUAAUUAUGAUGAUAAUGACUAUUUUUAUAAAUGCUUUUAUAAAUUAAACAUUACAUUACAUUUCUUCAGAACGAUUUUGAACAAUAUGCAAUAUCGAACAUCUAUUUGUAUCGCGUCGACAGAUAUUCGUGUAAGCGAGUGCAACAUGAUUCUAAAUAUUGUACAUAGUAUUUUGUAAGAGUAAGUUAUGUACACGUUAAUUUUUAUUGAAACUUUAAUGUCAUCUAUACAAAGAUCAGGGUACAAAAUAAUCGUCAUUUCAAAAUCUAAUACUUUUUAGAAAAUGUGCCAAUAUAAAGUAUAUGAUUUUUGUAAAUAAAUUUAUUCGAAUUAUAUUUAGAAUUUUAUUACAAUGGUAAUAUUCUUUACUUUUGCCAAUCGGAUAAGAAAUUUUAGACUUAUUAAAUACAUGCACCUUAAUAUCAUGCUCAUUCGUUUAACAUAUAAGAGACACUUUAGUUAAGUUUUGUUCAUGAAGGACUAAUAUAGACAUUUUUUAAAGCACAUGAUGUUAUUUAGUAUUAAAAUCUAACAUGUUUUUGUUUCUAAACCAUUCUCUUCGUAUUAAGAUUUCAAACUUUUAUUCAUAAUUUUGUUAGGUUCUAAUGUUAAAUAACUUUUAAAUUAAAGUAGAAUCAUUUCUCCACAUUGAGUGCACAGAAUCUUUAAAUUUAAUAUUAAGAUAUUUAUUUGAAUAAUGAAUGAAAUAUGUGCGUGCUAUUAAAUUUUUUAUGCUAUUAAAUAUUAUCACGCCGACGAUAUUUUAGAGAAAUAUUUUUCUAGAAACUUUGUAAAAAAGAUAAUAAUGAAUAUUUAAAAAUUCUUUCUAGUAAAACCUGUGCACAAAAAAUGACAUUCCAUAUAUAAAAAAUCAAAACUAAUUAUCAAGUUAGCACCUCUUUUAAUGAAGAAAAGAGCACGCGCCAUUGCAAUGCAAUUCUUUUUAGAGGAGUACGCGUAUUUUUGUUCAUAUAUUCUAUGUACAUUUGGAAUAAAAUCUGUCAAAAUUA